AUGAAGUGGCUUGCUGGUCUUGCUUUUGCCUCUUUGGCUACUGCUGUGCCCCUGACUGGUGGGCGCGCUCCUACACCUUUAAACGUCGAGCUUGAGCUGCAGGGCAACUCAAAGGUCAAGGCUGUCGUUACGAAUAAUGGUAGUCGAAACUUGAAGCUUCUCAGGCUUGGAACAUUUCUUGAUGAUGCUCCUGUUGAGAGGGUUCAGGUUUACUCUGCUAGUGACUUUAGUGCUACUGCUGUGAAAAAGCCUGUCCCCUUUGACGGCAUUUACCUCUCUAUCGACACCUCUUUGCUUGACGACACCGCUUUCCAGACCAUCCCCGCAGGCGGAUCCUACGAAACGAGCCUUGACAUUGCUGAAUUCCACGAUCUUUCCGCCGGCGGCAAGUUCAGCGUCCUCUCAUCUGGCGUCCUAUCCUACGCCGAGGAAAACACCACAGAGCUAGUCGGCUCUAUACCAUUCUGGUCCAACCAACUCGAUGCCGAAGUCGACGGCCCGCAAGCCUUUUCCGUCCGCACAGCCUACCACAGCAAACGAGCUCAGGUCCAGAGCGACUGCAACGGUGACAGGUUCGCAGUGACCCAAGCAGCUCUAUCACAAUGCGUUAGCCAAGCCGCGGCCGCCCAACAAGCAGCCGCCAACGGCCCCGCCGACAAGAUGGACGAGUACUUUAAGAGAUCCGAUGCCGCGACGCGAGCCACCGUGGCCGACGUGUUUGCCAAGAUCACUGCGGCGUGCGGGACCAUUGAUUCCGGGGAGAUGCGCUACUACUGCAGCGACGUGUACGGCGCGUGCAAGAAUGGUAUUCUCGCGUAUACUGUUCCCAACGGUAACUACAUGUCAUACUGUGACUUGUACUUUGAUCGUCUGCCGGCUACGACGACGAAUUGUCAUGGUCAGGAUAAGGGUAACACCAACUUGCAUGAGAUGACACAUUUGAAUCAAAUCAAGGGCACGUCGGACUUUGGUGGUUACGGAUACAGUUUCCUCAGGAGCUUGACAGCUGAGCAGAACAUUAAUCAUGCUGACACGUACGCUCUGUUUGCCCAGGCUGUUUCCAUGAGUUGCUGA